AUGAUCAUUGAAAAAAAAAAGAAAAAUGAAAGUGAACUAAAGAAAUGUGACAAAGAAGAAUUAGGAGAGGAGACGGCACUGUUGCGUUCUGACAUAAAAAAAAAGAGCUCGGGCUACAUUACUCUUGCUUUGCUUCUUGCAUCAAAUGAUAACAUCCCAUUGGCAACUGUACUAUAUGAAUUAAUACAACUUUCAACACCAGAAAAGAGCAAAGAUCUUCCAUCAAUUGUAGAAAACCUGGAAAGGACACUGUGGCAAAUGGAAAAAGUAAUAUCGAUUAAGCAGAAUGUGAAACUAAAAGAACGUAUCAAAGGGAAGGAGUUAAUAAGGCCUCAUUCGCCAAAAGUGAUUAGAAGCAAGACAAAGGAAGAUCCAGUAUUGAAUGCAAACAAGACAUGGUUCUGCAUCCUGAACUUAUUGUGCUUGAUGUUUUCUGGACUAGUAAUGGCGGAAAAUGGAACAAAAUAUCAAACUGUUCAACGGAAGUCAUGCAUGUUCUCUCCCACAUGGAAAAAUUAUGCUUAA